AUGGCCAGAAGAUAUGAUGUCAGUGAUGAGGUCAUAUACUGUGUGGGUCCCACGUAUACCAAGGAUGACGAGUUUUCUCCGCGUGUCGAUUCCUAUAUAAUACCCAGGUCUCAGCACGCUGGAGUUCUUAACAAACUUGAUUACAUUUUUUUCUCUGAUCAUGCUAUUCCUUGCCAGACCAGCUGCAUUAUCUUUCCAAUUACCAUGAGUUCCGACGAGACAAUUUCACCCUUCACAUCUUCAACAGAAGUUGUGGAUGCUUGCCUAAGAUACAGGAGGUACAAGCCAAUACUGCAAAGCCGGCUCGAGAGCUUUACCCAGCCAAGCAAUUUCAGGCUUCCACCGAUCGCCAUAACCGCCCAAUUCAUCCUCCGACGAGAUAUGACUGUUCGCGACAUCACUUUCCAACUUAACAUCGCAUUUGCUGUUCCUCAAUCCAUCGCCGCCGGCGGUCGACCUCUGGAAGCGGUUCAGAAUACUGUACGAGCACCUCGGGAACAGACCUUCUUUCUUCAACAGCCUCAAUCUCCUGCUCAAAUCUGCAAAAAUCACGGAAUCAGGUAA